AUUGAAGAUCGUAUCUUUAAGGACAGCCCGAACGCUGGCGGGCAACCCGGUUCAGUUUGGGUCUGACUCUUCCCCUGAAUGGAAGCAUGUGGCUCCGGUUUGUGGUGAUUCUGCUGCUGCUUCUGCCGCAUCAGAGCAGAGCGCUGGAGAUGAACUUUACGCUGCCCGGGCAGCUGGCCUUGUUUUUGGACCAAAUUGGAUGUGUGCAUCGGCUGCAUGACAUCAGCAUUGUCAACAGCAGAGACUCCAUCAGCGCCGACUAUCUGGAUGGGCUACAUCGUCAGCUCAGGGCCAAUGGGAGCAUGCACUUCCAGCUGCUGCCACAAAUGACGGCCACAGAUGCGCACGCGAGAGUGCGCUUCAGUGCGCUGCAGGAUGAAGACUCGCUGUAUGUGGUGUUUGCCCGGGACUCGAGGGAUCCGGUGAUUCAAUUGCAGGCGAAACGGGCACGCGGACGCCGCUACAGCAAGACGCUGUUUCUGCUGCAGAAGGAGGAACCGCUGCCCGCUCUGGAGGAGUUCUUUAAGCUGCUCUGGCAGCUGCAGUUUCGCUCCGCUCUGGUGGUGGUGGCCCAGCGAUUUUUAUACCAAAUGGAUCCCUAUCCAAAGUUGAGAAUUAAACGGCUCUCGCACUACGAUCUGAUGGAGAUAUUUCCCCCACCGAAUGGCAGGAACCUCAACGGCUACGAGCUGCAUUUGCCCGUGCAGCUGGAUGUUCCGAACACCUUCUGGUCGCAGGAUACGCUCAACCAUCAAUGGCGCUUGGAUGGAGCGGGUGGCGUAAUGCUCAACCAACUGAUGGCACAUCUGAAUGUCAGCCUGAAGGUGUAUCCCCUGUCGGUGAAUGGCUCGCAGUGGCUGAACAUGCCGGCCAUUAUCGAGUUGAUAGCCAGCAAUCGCAUCGAGCUGAGUGUCCAUUUGUACGACACUAUGCAGGCGUCCAAGCGGGUGGACUACUCCUAUCCGGUGCACCUGGAGACGCGCUGUUUUAUGAUACCCAAGGACAACGAGAUCUCGCGUACGCUGUACAUCUUUCUGCCCUUUCAGUGGUCCGUGUGGCUGAGCGUUCUGCUGACGCUGCUCGUGGUGCACUUUGUCGGCGUGCGUCGCUUUGUGCCGGACUCCCAGCUGUGGGCACUGAUGGGAGUGCCUGGCUGCCGCCUGAGUGGCUGUUAUCAGCAUCACAUACACCGGACUGUGAGCUGCUACCUGGUGCUGUUUGGAAUCUGCCUGAUCUACCAGCUCUACUCCACGAAGCUCACAUCUUUCCUGACGGUGUCGUUGAGCCACAAGUUGGCCAGCAGCUUGGAGGAGAUUCUGCGCCUGCCGUACCCCAUUCUCGCACAGCCCUUGGAUGUGCAGCACAUUGUGGGCUCCUUUGGCCAUGCGGAGGAGUUUGGUCGCAUGUUUAGCCUCACGGAUGCGCAGACCUUUGCGCGGCGUCGCCUCAACAUGGAGCCGGGCUACAUCUAUCCGAUUAGCAGACUUCGCUGGAAGUUCUACAACAGGCAGCAGCGUUCGCUCAAGACGAAGCUCUUCUACUUGUCGUCGCUGUGCCAUGGCACCUUUGCCUAUCAGUUUCAGCUGCGCAUUGACUCGCACUUCAAGGAUCCGCUGCAUCGUUUCUCGCUGCACGUGCAGGAGGCGGGCCUGACGAAUGUGUGGCUGGACAGGUGCUAUUACAGCGCACGCCGCUUGGGCUACGUUCGAGAGUUCACCACCGCCGAGGAGUUACUUAAGGAUGUGCGUCCGUUGGCCUUCAAUCUGAUGGCGCCGGCCUUUAGUCUCUUUUUGUUUGGCCUUUUGGUCAGUUUUGUGGUCUUUCUGGUUGAGAUUCGACCGCAGUCCUGUUGUCGGAAGGCUAGUAGCAAUAGUAGCACCCACUAACCGCACCCAACCAACCCAUUACCCCUCCUCCCUAUAUUUAUAUUCAAAUCGGAACCAAACUAAUGCAUUUUACGUAGCCCAUUCCUAACCGCGCGAACCAAAAACCCAACGGAAAACUCUAUUUUAAUUAACUUUAUGUAUCCAUCGGCGAUCCACCACUCAAUCAAUCAAUCAACGAACUGCAAUUGGAUCUAACCCAAAAUGAAUGUCAAAAUUGCGCAAACAAAUUCAAAAAUUCCAUCCACAUCGAUCGUUU